AUGGAGAUCAUUGCACGCAACAACAUCGCCGGCCCCGUCACCAAGAUGACUAAGCUUUGGCUCAUCAACGAUGGCACCUUCCGGAAGAAGUCCGGAAACCGCAAUGGCGCAGAGACAAGCCGUGUCACUACCGCUGCCCCUGCCCGAGCUUCUCUUCAGUCUAUUGCCGACUCUCUCAACGCCCUCACGGUCAACAUUGAUGACAUGGGCCGUGCCGUUGAGCGCAUCGACCAGACUGUGCAGCGCCAACGUCAUGAUAUGUGCGCCUACUUCAAACAAGUCCAGUACGUCCCUCCUCCGUAUGAUGGGACUUUCCUCGGCCAAGACUAUGAUGGCGGGGAUGAGGACGACGACUCCUAUGCUCCGUCGUCGUCACCCAACGAGGACGAGUUUGAUGAAGAGGUGGACGGCGAUGCCAUGGACGUUGAGGAUGACGAGAACGACGAUGAAGACUCCUAGACUUUCUUCACUCCUUAUCUUUAUUAGUACUAUGUUGUUUUCUUUACUAUUCCGUUGUAUUCCGCAUUUCCCUUAUUGUUAUUGAAUAAAAGUUAUCUUUUAAAUCUUUUUGUUAAUGUCAAAAGGGGGAAGAUGUUGGGUUAUGCACAAUUUGAGGGGGAACCUUUAUCCUUAAACAAUCUUUUUCAAAGUAUUAAAUUUCCAAGAAUUUAAAAUAUUAAUAAUGAUGCUUUGAUUAAAGGGGAACUUAAGGG